ACGUCAUCGAUUCAACAUGGCGCGGGAAACCCAAGAAGGGACGGAGAUGGAGAUGGAAGUUGGAGAAGUGAACGAAAAGGCGGAAGAUCUCCCUCCGUUGUCUCUUAAACUGUACGAGGCGCAGUUCUUCGGCUUCACCCCGCAGACCUGCAUGUUGCGGGUUUACAGCGCCUUCCACGACUGCCUAUGCGACAUAUUACCCGUCGUGGAGAAGGUGUGUCUGAGGCAACUCGGAAAAGUGUCUCCCGGGCCCGACGAGCAGCUCCGGGCCCGAGAGUGUAGCCGCCGGCUACAGCAGUUCCUGGAGGACCGGUUCAAGCAGCUGUCGCAGAGGAUGGACUCGCUGCUGAUGAUGCGGUGCCUCUCCGUGCCGCCCAAUGUGCUGCUGCCCGAGGACCAUUCACACAAGAACUACCCCCAACACAUACAGGAGGUGCUGAAGCUGGAUUCGUCCCUCGCUGACCUCCAGAGGGCGUACGAGGAGGAGGUGUGUGCCCGGCAGGCGCUGCAGGCGGAGCUGGACGAGCAGGCGGAGGUGCAGAAGCAGCUGGAUGGGAUCGUGACGUGGGUCAGAGAGCUGCAGGCGGCUUGGGAGAAGGAAGGUAAUGGAAGCUUCCAUGAAAGUUUCCGCGUGGUGAUGGAGUCGGUAAAGAAGCUGCAGGAGGCCGUCAGGGAGGUCUGCCACAAGGCGCCUCAUUGAACUGACCUCAAACCUGUAAAAAGACAUUUCUCCACAACUUUUAUUGUGUAUUCUGUUUUUAUUCUAGCUGAACUUUAUGCAAUUUCCCCCUCUUAAUUAUCUCCAUUUUCAUCUUGUCUUAAUAAAAAAAAUCAACAGGGAAUUAAUGCUCCAAAGUAUUGAAACAUUGAAUAAAUAAUACGUCUUAUAAAGACGUAAUUCCUUCCCUUUGAAAAGAAGACACAAUGAUGGCAAAACAUUUGCUUUAAUGCCUUUUAUGAACAUCAACCCUAAUAUAAUACAGUUAAAGACUUUGAAAACACACUUCAGCAAAUUCAGUUUAGUCUUCAUACAGUUUCAUGUAAAUAAACAAAACGGACGGAUGUAUUUCUGUAUGUUUGCACAAGGGCUUUUUUGUUGUUGCAUGAAUCAACAAAUAUGCAUUUUUAGAUCCUUUUCAGGUCAAUUUGUCUUUCUAACAGAAUUUACAUUUUAUAUUUAGAAUCUUUUGAAAGUGAGGGAUAACCCUUCGUAACCUCGUCCCAGGUACACAUAUUGGCUCCAUUGCAUCACAUGUACUCUAGGUUCCUUUUUAACUGAUGCUGACUCACCUGGAAGUGUGACAGGUGUGAACUGCAUACCAUGUGCAAAACACAUCAGACAAAUCUCUUUAUUAAGCUGUUUGUUUUACAUUUGAAAGCCCCAUCCUCUCAAUUCCAGGGGCAACUUUUACCGAUUGUAUUUGCAUUUUAACACAGUCCUAUGUUUAUUUCACAAAAUGACAUCUGCCAGUCUUUAGUCCUCCUGAUGUAUGUUGUCUACAUUUUCUACUCUCAUUUACAAUGUCUCUAAACCAUAGGCUGUAUACCUUUUAUACAAACACCUUUCAUUUCUUUAACUUUAUUUGUAACUCGGUGUUGUUGUAUUUGUUUAUUAUCAUUAUACUUGAUUGCAUUAAGGUGUAUAUGAUAUUGUGUUCAUCCUCUCAAGAGCCACAGUUUUAAGAUGCUGUGAUGCCCAGCAGAGGGCGCUCUCUGCUCAUUAACAUCACUCCAGUCUAAUUCAGCUGCACAUAAAUUGAAGAGCUAAUUGAAUCCUUAAAUAAACAGUAUAUGGGUGAACCUCAUACAUUUGCAAAUGAGCAUAAGUAGCAUUGUAUGAACCUCCAAGAAUCAUUUUGUUGAUGGAGACACUGGAGGAACAUUGAGUCCAUUUAUAAAUCUGACGGGUUGGUUUCCAAUACUAGCUCUUUACUUUAAUUUAGUCUCACUGAGAAUUUGAGUUCCUAUCAUUUAUAAUUCAAUUAAAAUGAGUCUAUUGCACACACUGGGACCACACUUUGUGAAAAACUUAUAUGGGGUUUGAAUUUACUAUAUAUUCACAAUGCAGGGAUAGGAAACAAUAAUAGUUUUGAUAUGUAUCAUCUCAUAAUUUGUAAAAAAUAAAUAUUUGCUAUCAGUUUUUGUUUUCUGUUUUAUAGAAUUAUUCCCCAUUAAUAUGUGACACUUUUGUCUAAUAUUAAACCCAAAGUUAACAAUAUAUACCUGGAGAGAAAACAUAAUAGAAAUGACUAAAACGCAGGGACAUUUUAACCUUUUGUAAAAGCCUAUUUACUGGUUUAAAUGACAACAUGUGUAAAAUAAAGAGAUACAUUUCUUCCA